AUGACAAAGUGCAAAGAUGCACCGACCCCUCUCUCGGUGUCAGAACAACUGUCAAAGCAUAUAGGCGUGACACUUGGUGCUGAAGAUAGUAAGAGGUACAGAGGUACUGUGGGAGCACUUCAGUAUUUAACUCUCACAAGGCCUGAUAUUGCUUAUGCUGUAAAUAAAGUCUGCCAAUUCCUUCAUGCGCCUACCACAGAGCAUUGGUCAGCAGUUAAGAGGAUACUCAGGUACUUGAAACAUACGGCUGAUAUGGGUAUUAAGAUACAGAGGUACAAUUGUCGUCUACUUAGUGCAUUCUCCGAUGCUGACUGGGCUGGUAGUGUGGAUGAUAGAAGAUCGACAGGUGGUUUUGCAGUUUAUUUUGGAAGCAAUCUUAUUUCAUGGAGUGCAAGAAAGGAAGUAACAGUUCCAAGGUCUAGUACCGAGGAAGAGUACAAAUCUAUGGCUAAUGCUACAGCCGAAGUUAUUUGGCUAGAGUCUUUGCUGGCUGAAUUAGGGAUUGGUUUGGAUCAAGUUUCAUGCUUAUGGUGUGACAAUCUUAGAGCAACAUACUUAUUUGCUAAUCCUUUGUUUCAUGCUCGUGCCAAGCAUAUUGAGAUUGAUUUUCAUUUUGUGAGAGAAAGGGUAACCAACAAGCAGCUGCAGGUCAGGUUUAUUCCCUCCAAUGAUCAGCUCGCCGAUGGUUUAACUAAGGCUUUGCCUGUCUGCAAAUUUGAGGAGUUUCGGCGCAAUCUAAACCUCGAGAAAAGGAAGGUUGUAGAUGGUUUAGAUUGA